AAAGCAGCGUCAGGGCUCGGGUGGAGUGUCAGUGUCGGCUCAGUUUCCCGGGUUUGUCGCGUGUGUUAGAGCAGUGCAGCCAUGGCAGACCCGCAGCUCGCGUCCAGCGGCCUCACCGACGAGGCCGCCUUCAGUUGCUGCUCUGACGCGGACCCCAGAACCAAGGAUUUUCUAUUGCAGCAGACCAUGCUACGAAUUAAAGAUCCUAAGAAAUCAUUGGAUUUUUAUACUAGAAUUCUUGGAAUGACGCUGCUCCAAAAGUUAGAUUUCCCCACCAUGAAAUUUUCACUCUAUUUCUUGGCUUAUGAGGAUAAAAAUGACAUCCCCAAAGAAGGAGAUGAAAAAAUAGCAUGGGUGUUCUCCAGAAAAGCUACACUUGAGCUGACACACAAUUGGGGCACUGAAGAUGAUGCGACCCAGAGUUACCACAGUGGCAAUUCAGACCCUCGAGGAUUUGGUCACAUUGGAAUUGCCGUUCCUGACGUACAUGGUGCUUGUAAAAGAUUUGAGGAACUGGGAGUCAAAUUUGUGAAGAAACCUAAUGAUGGUAAAAUGAAAGGCCUGGCAUUUAUUCAAGAUCCUGAUGGCUACUGGAUUGAAAUUUUGAGUCCUAACAAAAUGACAAAUAUUGUUAGUUCUUGAAAAUGCUGCUUUGAGAUUUCAAUGAGGAUAUUGUUGGGGAUGGGGAAGAAACAACGCGAUUUGUGAUAUUCGGAUAACAAAAGCUUCUAGAAUUGAUAGAUCAUUGUCACAGUUUAAAUUGUCCUUAAGUUUAUUUCUCUCUCUAUUCUUGCUCUGUUUUUCACCUAAUUAUUCAGUGAUUUUGGUUUUAAAGUAUUGCUUUAACUUAUGUCCUUGAAGGUAGCUGUAUCACUUUACUUUUUUAGGGAAUAUUUAGAACAGCUCCCUUGAGAGGGGGCAUUUGCUGUCUUUUAUUCCUAAAUAUGACUGACUUCUCUUUAAGCCUACCUUUGGAUCAUUGUUUUAAAAAAAAAAAUUUAACAUGUUUUUGUUGUGUUAUCUUCUGGGGUUUCAAUUCCUCAGAAAUAACUUCUCACGAUGGAAAGUAAGGAACACUGAACAAACAUGAAACUUUAUACUUCAAACAGUAUAAAGUGUUUAUUUUACAAAAGAGAAUGUACUCUUGAGAGCAAUUCAGAAUUAUGCUGACAAGGAUGCUGAUGGAAAAACUAAUUUAUUUUCAUUAUAAAGUACUUUCAAAGUUCAA